UCCAAAAACAAUAAUGUCCGCAUCUACCGUCUCGAUCACCGCCAGCCCGGCGGCGACGCCUCGCCGGCGUUCUCUUCUCGCCGAGAAGAGAUCGAACGUCGAAGCAUUGGUCGUUGAUCCGAACGCUGAUGGAAUCAACCUUGUGGAAGACAAAACCGCUGCCAAUGUCGGUCUCAGCAGAGAUCUGAGCCACCAUUCGGGUCGUGCCGAGCCGUCAAAAGACUUGUUGCAAGCGAGAAAGGUCGUCGUGGGUCAAAAUUCGAACGGCACGCUGCGGCGAUCGCGGAAAGGAGCGGUUAAUAAGAUCGAUAAAUCUCGAUGGAUGACCGUGGUUAGUAUUUUUGUUAAGAAUUUAGCGCUUUUGCUUGUUUUGGUUGGCUUAGCUCAGAUUAUUAGGAGACUGGCUUUGAAAUCGGGGGAGGAUAAUAUCGAUGGGACGCAAAUGGGAUUAACUGAAUUUGAGGGUAAGGUUGCUGAGGUUGAGAGUUUCUUGAAAACCACGGCUAAUAUGAUUCAAGUUCAGGUAGAUGUUGUUGAUAAGAAAAUUGAAAACGAAAUUGGUGGUUUAAGGAGGGAUUUGGAUGAGAGAAUUCAGGGUCAAACUGCGGUAUUGGAGAAGUCAUUGAAAAAAUUGGAGGAAAAGAGUGAGGAAUUAGAUAAAUCCUUGAGUGAAUUGAAGAGUGCGGAUUUGUUGACAAAGGAAGAGUUUGGAAAGAUGUAUGAACAAAUGCAAAAAGAUAAGGGUGCUGGUGAGUCUGAUUAUGCAGUGAGUUUAAGUGAUCUAGGAGCAUAUGCGAGAGAGAUUGUUAAGAAAGAGAUUGAGAAGCAUGCUUCGGAUGGGCUCGGCCGGGUUGAUUAUGCAUUGUCUUCAGGUGGGGGAAAGGUUGUUCAGCAUUCAGAGCCAUUUCUUGCCGGGAAGGGAAUCAACUGGUUUUUGAAAAGUCCAAAUGGGGUUCACAGUGAUGCAGACAAGAUGUUGAAGCCAAGUUUUGGAGAGCCUGGGCAGUGCUUUCCAUUGAAAGGAAGCAAUGGGUUUGUUCAGAUUAAGCUGCGCGCGGCUAUUGUCCCAGAGGCUAUUACCCUAGAGCAUGUUGCCAAGAGUGUGGCAUACGACAGAUCAAGUGCACCCAAGGACUGCCGAGUCUCUGGCUGGCUGCAAGGACGUGACCCUGAUUCCUCUGUUGAUUCCAAUAAGAGGUUUCUCUUGGCAGAGUUCACGUAUGACCUCGAAAAGAGUAAUGCUCAGACCUUUGAUGUAUUGGAUACAGCAGGUAUCGGUAUUGUUGACACAGUGAGGCUGGACUUCUCUUCAAACCAUGGAACAACUUCACAUACCUGCAUUUACCGUCUGAGGGUACACGGCCACGAGCCAGAUUAUGUUUCAGUGGAGAAAACGGAGUCGUGAUCCAUAUCAUACUCGUGAUCUGCACGCUUCUCGGUAAUUUUGAUUUUCAAUCUUCAUUGAAUGAAAUAGUACUUAGGUCAUUCUACUAACUAGAUACAAAUUCCUUAUCCUGUUAAAAUUUCUUCUGGGUAGCAAAUGGGUAUGAAUCUAUUUUUAUGCUUCCACUUUCCAGUUAGGUUGUAAUGAUUUGAUUUGUAUGAACCAGAAUUAGAUGAACUUUAGUUUC